ACGAUCAGCCAGGAGAGAGAGCUUCGAGACAUGAUCGCCGAAGUGGAGAAUAUCUUCACGGAGUUCAUCACGCAGGGAGAUCGGACCAAGGCCAUGGCUAAACUAAGAGUUCCUCCCCUGGGUCGACCCAUUUCCCCAAUUUAUAUCUUCUCGACGGGUCUUGUCCUGGGUCUCUUUAUAGUCUCCGCAGUGAUAUGCAUAAUAUCGUAUUUUUCCAUGCUUAACAAACCGGAAUUAAUCUCGUCUUUUACUCAACUCUUCCGGGGAUCCUUUUCCCUCAUGGUGUUUGGCUUUCUCACGGCGAUCAAUGUAUAUGUUUGGCAAAGUGUGGGCAUCAAUCAUGUUCUAAUUUUCGAGCUAAAUCCACGUAACCAAAUCGAACCUAUUAAAAUCCUAGGCUUCGCCAGUUUAUUCGGCUAUGGAUGUACCUUAUCCAUGCUGCUGUUCCUUCAUCACAAUGAAUUCGGUGUAAGGGAUCCAUUAUACUUUCCCUUAAUCGGUGUGAUUCUUCCAUUGGCACUUCUAAUCAAUCCCCUACCUAUUAUGAACCACACCGCCAGAAUGUGGGUCUUAUGCAUUUGUGGACGCAUUAUUGCAGCGCCCUUCUACCCUGUAAACUUUGUCGACUUUUGGCUGGCCGAUCAACUGAACUCCUUGGUACUCUGUUUGCUGGAUCAUUACCAACUCAUCCGUUUCUAUGUACGUUAUUAUAAGAAUAGCGACAAUUCCUUUGAUUUUGAGCCAGACUAUGCAAUGUCUGUCAUUCGUUGUCUGCCUUCCUGGUUCCGUCUCGCGCAGUGCCUUAAGAGAAUCUGGGACAGCGACCCGAAGCCAGUAUCUUAUUUGGUCAAUGCUUUCACCUACGGCUCCACAAUAAUCACAGUCAUCAUAUCGACCAUUCAAAUGGAAACAAAUGAUAAAUACGAAUAUUUAUUUGAGAUCCCUUGGACGUGGAUCUAUAUUAUAAGUUCGAUUAUUUCGACGAUUUACUGUACUUCCUGGGACUUGCUGCAGGACUAUGGACUGUUUCAGGUUUGGAAAGGAGAACACAUCUUUCUGCGUGAGAAUCUUGUUUAUCCUAAGUGGUUUUAUUACUUUGCCAUUGUUAUGGAUAUGCUGAUUCGUUUUGUUUGGGCUCUGGAGCUAUAUUUGAUCUACAACGAAUUUUUGUUACCCUAUUAUUCCAAGACCAUCUGCAGUUUGUUUGAGAUUUUGCGACGUUUCAUCUGGAACUUUCUGCGAUUGGAGAACGAGCACCUGUAUAAUUGCGGACAGUUUCGAGCCACACGGGAUAUAUACAUAUCAGCAUUGAAUUCUCGACAGGACUUGCUCGUGGAGUCCAUAAUUGACGAGUCGAGAAGAGCUUCAACUGUGCCUCAAGCCAGCAUGAAUGAGGAGUAAACUCCCAGGUUGGAAGGAUGAGAUUUACUUUACUAACGUUAUUCAACACUUGAUUCAAGGCCAAUUUGUCUGUGGACAAUUGAGAAUCAAUGAAGCGUAAGCCUAACCUCAAAUAUGUACUAUUGGUCUCCCCCAAAGAGCAAAUUGAAUAAAAUUAAUUUCACAUUUACGAAAUUAAAA